GCUCUCCCGUUUUAAUCUUCGAUUCAAUUUCAGUUUUGCUCCCGAAAAAGCCCCUCCGAAAUCCUCGAAAUCCCGAAAAUGUCCCACGUCGACGCCGACUCCUCGCCGCCGUCGUCCCCUUCCUUCAGCCGGGACUGGUUCUUCCCUUCCCCUUCCCCGGACUGCGCCCACUCCUCCGCCGCCGCCAAGACCCCGAAGUACCCCCACCGCUUCUCCACCAACCCGAGGCCCUUCUCCUCCUCCUCCUCCGCCGCCGCCUCCCUCGACCCCAAGCCUCCCCGCCCGCUGUCUUUCCGCUCCGCACCUCCGGUCAGCCCUCCUCCUCCGUACCGCGAGGCCAGGUAUGCCGGACCCCGCCGGAGGCUCGGCCCCUCGCACCGAUCGGAGAGGCCGCCGGCGGCCGGCGAGAAGAAGGCCGUCUCGAGCGGUGGCGGCGCCGAUCGGAAGCCGGAGGCGCUCGCGGAGAAGGUCCCGUCGCGAUGCGAAGGUGUCGGGGAUUUGCGGAGGAGGCUCGGGCUUCGGUGGCGGAUGGCGUUUCUAGUGGCGGUUGUGUUGACGGCUUUCAGUUCGGUGGUGCACAAGAACUUCAGUUUACGUAGCCAGGUCGAGGAUUUGCAGGGGCAAAUUUCUCAACUUAGGAUUACACUGCAAGCCUGCAGUUUAUUGGAUUUAGCAGAAUUUGAAGGUUCUGUAGAUGAGCAGAAUCAAGAUGGACCAAAUAAAAGAUUUAAGAACAUUGCUCUGAUGAGUUCGCUCUCCAUAUUAUGUAUUCCUAUUCUCUUGUUCAAGUGCAUUGACAAAGUCCCAAGGUUAAGAUCAUCAGACUGUAUUUUGGAAGAAGUAUCUUUGAACAAGCAGCUAGCAUAUCGACUAGAUGUAUUUUUCUCGGUUCAUCCAUAUGCUAAGCCAUUGGCAUUGUUGGUUGCAACAUUACUCCUCAUCUUUCUGGGAGGACUUGCACUUUUUGGUGUCACAGAUGAUGGCGUGGCAGAUUGUCUUUGGUUAUCAUGGACAUAUGUCGCUAGUGCAGGCAAUCAUGCAGAUUCAGAAGGUUUUGGUCCAAGGUUGGUUUCACUUUUGAUUAGCUUUGGAGGAAUGCUUAUAUUCGCAAUGCUGCUUGGACUUGUUUCUGAUGCAAUCUCCGAGAAGUUUGACUCCUUGAGGAAAGGCAGAAGUGAAGUAGUUGAGCAGAAUCACACCUUAAUUCUUGGGUGGAGUGAUAAAUUGGGAUCGUUGUUGAAUCAGCUGGCGCUAGCAAAUGAGAGUUUGGGUGGAGGCACCAUUGUGGUGAUGGCUGAAAGAGAUAAAGAGGAAAUGGAACUUGACAUUGCUAAGAUGGAGUUUGAUUUCAGGGGAACAUCUGUUAUAUGCAGAAGUGGCAGCCCUCUAAUCUUGGCUGACUUGAAAAGGUCAUUAAUGGUCUCUGUCUCCAAAGCCAGAGCAAUAAUCGUCCUUGCUGUAGAUGGUUUUGCUGAACGGAGUGAUGCUCGUGCAUUCAAGACGGUCCUAAGUUUAACUGGAGUUAAAGAAGGGUUAAGAGGGCACAUUGUGGUUGAAUUAAGCGAUCUCAACAAUGAAAUUCUCGUUAAAAGUGUUGGCGGAGACCUUGUCAAAAUUUUUGUGGCGCAUGAUGUGAUUGGUCGCUUGAUGAUUCAAUGUGCCCGGCAGCCUGGAUUGGCACAGAUUUGGGAAGACAUCCUUGGGUUUGAAAACUGUGAGUUUUACAUCAAAAGAUGGCCCCAGUUGGAUGGCAUGCAAUUCGAGGAUGUGCUUAUAAGUUUUCCUGAUGCAAUACCUUGUGGAAUCAAGGUUGCAUCUUGCGGUGGUAAGAUUAUCCUGAAUCCUGACGACUCCUAUGUUCUACAAGAGGGCGAUGAAGUUCUUGUCAUAGCAGAAGAUGAUGAUACAUACGCUCCAGCAGCAUUACCGAUGGUCAAAGAAGCAUCAUUCACACACAUUCCCCUUCCAGCAAGAAAACCACAGAAGAUUCUACUUUGUGGAUGGAGGAGAGACAUUGAUGAUAUGAUUGUGGUAUGGAGGGGACAUCUACCCAAAGAAUUUAGUAUUGACCAGUCUCCAGAAAAGAUACUUUUUUGUGGUUGGCGGCGAGAUAUGGAAGAUAUGAUUAUGGUAUUGGAUGCAUCUCUAGCACCUGAGUCAGAGCUCUGGAUGUUCAAUGAGGUUCCAGAAAGGGAGAGGGAAAAGAAGCUUAUUGAUGGUGGUCUUGAAAUUAGUAUGCUUGCAAACAUAAAAAUAGAAAAUCGAGAAGGAAAUGCAGUUAUACGGCGUCACCUGGAGAGUCUCCCUCUGGAAUCUUUUGAUUCAAUACUAAUUCUUGCUGAUGAAUCAGUGGAAGAAUCAGCCGUUCAAGCUGAUUCAAGAUCUCUUGCCACGUUGCUGUUAAUUCGUGAUAUACAGGCAAAGCGCCUCCCUCUCGGCAUGGCCCCAUCUCGCAGAGGAAAUUUUUCACAAAGCUCUUGGAUGGGGGAAAUGCAGCAGGCUUCAGAUAAAUCAGUAAUCAUAUCUGAAAUACUGGAUCCCAGGACUAAAAAUCUAUUAACUAUGUCCAAAAUUGGUGAUUACGUUUUGUCAAGUGAGCUUGUCAGCAUGGCUUUGGCAAUGGUUGCUGAGGAUUGCCAGAUAAAUGAUGUUUUGGAAGAGCUCUUCGCAGAGGAGGGAAAUGAGUUGCACAUUAGACCGGCAGAUCUCUACCUUUGUGAAGGUGAAGAGUUGAGUUUCUAUGAACUACUCUUACGCACCCGACUGAGGAGGGAAAUCAUGAUAGGCUAUCGUUUAGCCAACGCAGAGAAAGCUGUCAUAAAUCCCCCUGCAAAAGAUGAGCGCCGGACAUGGUCAUUGAGAGAUGUUUUUGUUGUUAUUACUGAGAAAGAAUGAUAGGUUCAUAUUGUAAGGCCGGAAGAUAUUUUCAUCAGAAGCAAAAUUCUCAACUAGAUGUCAGCAUGGGAUACUCAAAGGUAGAGUCUAUACUGUGUUGUCUAGAAUGACUCUGCCUGAAUCUCCCGGACAGCAUGUCGGCACCCACGAAAUGAUUGCAAUGGGCACAGAGACACCUGCUUAAAAGAAUGUUAUGGGUUAUGUUAUAGUCGGUUGACAGAAAUCAUUGCAUAACUGAGGAAUUUGGCCUCAGAGAUGGACAUGAUGGACAGGAAAUGAAUAUUUACUGUUCUGAUGAGCAGUUGGUUGGUAGAGAGAAGGAUUGUAUAGAUGUCCAGAAUAACCGAUGGGAAUCCAAUUGUUGUGAUUGAAGAAUGGUGGAUAGUAUCAGAAUACGGAUAGUACACGAGGUAUUAUUCUGUGAUAGACUCUAGAUUUUCCAGAAAGCAGUGAUGAGUUGUAAAUUGUAAUUAGAAGUUUCAUCUUUCUUUGGAGCGACUUGCUCGUUGACAGGACAUUCAAAUACUUGAGCAAAUGCGAGAAUAAUUUCCUCGUUGGUGUUUGUAAAAAGUUUAUCUUCAGAAGGGCCAAUGCAUUGAUCUUGCCCUCUAA